AUGCCCCUUACCCUCGGCAUUGUCGGCAGGAACUGCACCGAUCGGCGUCGCGGAACCAUUGGCGAUACCUACACCGCAGAACGGUUCCGCCAGAUCAUGUUAAGGGUGCUGCCGACGUGGGCGGCUAAGGCUUGGAACCCGCGGGGUACGGGCCCGUCGCAGACGCUGUGGCGGUUUCUGCUGUUGAAGGUGCUCACGCUACUCUCCCACCAUUCUCUCCUGCGCGGCGCAAGCAUCCGCAAGAUCACGCUCCCCGACAUAUUCUUGUACCGACUGGCGAGCACCUCGUCGGUGAACCCGGAGAACCAGCCGGUCGUCAUGGUCAUCGCUGCGCGGAACUCGAAGACGUCCAAGGAUGCGCCUUUGCAGCAAAGCUACGCUGCACGGCACCUCGAAGCGGAGUUGUGCGCCGUCGGCGAGACGGGCCUGUGGUUGCACUUCAUCCUCGACCAGAUCGGCCAGUUUCACGGCGUCCGCCUCAUUCCGCCGGUGGAGACCAGCACACGCGCGAUGCUGCGCCGCAUCGUCGCCGAGGACCUAGCGGUGAAGCUGGUCCGCACACCAUGGCACCCGUACGUCCAAGGCUCCCUACUCUGCCGGAUCCCCCUCUUCCAGCACUGGGCGAAACGAGUCGAGAGGGUCGACACCGAGACGAUCAACAAGCAUCGGGACCCGACCCAAAUUCAGGCAGAGGAAAUCUCUGUCCACAUGGACACCGAGUACUACAACAUAUCCCUCAAGGCGACGCUGACGAAGGUGAUCGAGCGCGCCGCGAACGAGAAGAUUGACUUCCAGGCUGAACUCGAGAAGCGCGACGACACCAUCGUGUCUCUCACCGCCGAGAUAACCCCGAGGGUGGCUCGGCGGAUUCGGCCAACAUGGGAGCCGACGCUGACGGAGGGGGACGACAAACCCCCGCCACCCCCACAGACGGACGAGGAGGCUAGUUACGAGCUCAACGUGGUACAACCGUGGCGGGAGGCCAAGACCGUGAGGGACGCCUGGCGCCUCUGGAACUCCGCCACUGCUAAUGACACCCGUCAGCUUUGCGAUAAGAUUGCCGAGCCGGGGUUCAUCGACUGCCACACCCUCCUCGCCAGCGCGACGCAGGGUGCACUCAACAAGAGGGUGCGCCGCAUGCUGAAGGUCAUCGAUGCGGUGCGCCAGCUACGCGCGAGCGACGGCGAAGCCGACACCGAGGCCGUGGUCGACACACUGCACAAGAUCGUGGCAUCGGGCAUCGGGACCUUCGCCGAUGCCCUCACGGUGCUCAAACCGGGAACGGCACCGAUGUUGUCCAAAGAGGCUGGCAUGGGAGUCAAGGGGCUGGGCCCCAAGGUGGUCUCGAAGCCACGCCUCGCCUGUGCGCUUGUGGCGCUCAACCUGAAGCAGAGUGAUUGGGUCGAAACCUUGUUUCCAGACACGUGGGAGGAGUAG